AUGCAAAACGACGAAAGUAAGCCGGCAACCGAAUCUGGCGACACUCGGUUUCCGUGCCAACGUCGACGCCGACGUCAACCGCGUCGUCUGCCUCAGCCUCAACUUUGCUGCGGCCCGAAGUACAGUCCGUUGACGCUGUCGCGUCUGCCCUCGGCUCUGGUGCAGGGCAGUCCAAUCGGGUUGCGGGGCGACGGCGACGGCGACGGCGAGGAUGAUCAUGGCGAAUUGUGGCGUAGAAGCGGUCAGCUCUUCGAGACCGCCUCCAUCUGGACGCCCGAGGUGGACAAUCCCGAGGCUGCGGUGCGUCUGUUGGAGACGCCCGAGGCGGAAAAGGCGACGGCGAAGGCGACGGCGACGGCGACGGCGGGUCUGGUUGUGCAGACGGAGACGGGCGUCUGCUUUCUAGUCCACGACCCCGGCGUCGUUGAGCGUCUCUUUUUACGACCACUUCGGCGAGCUCUCAUCACCGGCAUCCGCCAAUGGCUACGCUUCGGCGACGAGGCCGUGCUCCAGCGCGUCCGUCUUCGCUACGCCCGUCUCAAGCUCAGCUGGCAGGCGGCGGCAUCGUCGACGUCGCCGUCGCCGUCGCCGUUGCCGUUGCCGUCGGCAAUAGCCUCGCCGUUGGCCUAUCAUUUGGGCGCCAGUCUGCUCGACUACAUCGUGGCGGGCGAGACGAGUCGACCGCGGCAGGCCGAGUUGCGCGAAUGUCUACUCGUCCUGCAGGCGACUCGAGCUCAGGCGCCCGGUGACCUCUUCGACGUGCAUCUGCGCUUCUGCCUGGCACGCAGCAACUGGCGAGGACAAACGAGCCAAGCAGACACCGUGGACGGCGCGACUCGCCGAUCGUCCGGCGCCUCCAUGCUGGAGGGCGACAACGACGGCGACGUCAACGGCGACGCCAACGUCGACGUCGAAGUCGACGAGUUCGGAGCGUUGGGGCCGCGUCUCAAUCUUCUGCCGACCGGCGAGUCACUCUCGGCAACCGACACGCCCGACAGACAUGCCGACGUCGAGGAGGAGGAGGACGAAGACGACGGCGUCGACGUUGGCGUCGGCGUCGGCGUCGGCGUCGGCGUCGGCGUCAGUGUCGGUGGCGAUGAGUCGGCCGGCCUUCAAGAUGCAGCGAUCUACCCGAGACUCGAGCCUCCCGCCCCCUCAGGCCAGGCCUCAGCCUCGAAGCCGAUGAAUGUGAGUCGGUUGGUUCUGCGAUCCGUUUGUGCACUUUUACGGCACCUUUGUGUGUUUGUAUAG